AUGCCGUUGCCGAUUAUCGGCUGCACUUUCCUCACGCUGUCACAGCGUGAGGAAAGUACUGCCGAUAACUGGCAAUUGUCAGAGGAGGGAUCGGCACCGAUCAUCAGGGCACUGAUGAUCAGUGCCCCGAUGAUUGGUGCACAACAGUGCCACCCACCAGUGCUGCCCACCUGUGCCCAGCAGUGCCACCAACCUGUGCCCAUCAGUGCCACCCACCAGUGCCCAGCAGUGCCACCCACCAGUGCUGCCAUCAGUGCCACCUAUUAGUGCCAGUCAGUGCCACCUAUUAGUGCCAGUCAGUGCCGCCUAUCAGUGUCAUGUAUCAGUGCUGCCUUUCAGUGCCCAGCAGUGAUGCCUGUCAAUGCCCAUCAGUGCCACCUAUCAGUGCUGCCAAUCAGUGCCAGUCAGUGCCACCUAACAGUGCCAGUCAGUG